AUGGAAAUGAUGGAGGAUGUGGUGAUAGUUGGAGCAGGAAUUGCAGGGUUGGCAACAGCAGUGGCUCUGAAAAGAGUAGGGGUUCGAAGUUUGGUGUUAGAGAAAUCACAAGGGUUCAGAGCCACAGGUGCAGCCUUAACCCUCAGUCCAAACGCUUGGAUUGCCCUUGAUGCUCUUGGUGUUUCUCACAAGCUCACCCCCGUUUAUGUUCCUUCUUUGAAGGCAUAUGUGACCGAUGUUAGUACCGGAGAUGUUCAACAAGUCUUCUUCCCUGUUACCAACAAUGGGAGCACUGGACAAGGAGUUAGAACAAUUCACCGUAAAGCAUUGUUAGAGGCUCUGGCAGAAGAGUUGCCAGCUGACUCAAUUCGAUUCUCUUCCAAGCUUGCUGCCAUUGAAAAUCAAGAACAAGGGGGUGAUGCUUCCAUUGUUGUUGUAUAUUUGGAAGAUGGAACAACAAUCAAAUCUAAGGUUCUGAUCGGCUGUGACGGGGUGCACUCGGUAGUGGCACGUUGGCUAGGACUGGCUGAACCAGUCCAUUCGGGGCGAUCAGCUGUGCGUGGUUUGGCUGUUUUUCCUCAAGGCCAUGGAUUUAAGCAAGAAGUUCACCAGUUUGCAGAUGAGGGAAAAAGGGCUGGUUUUGCCCCCCUCAAUGACAGGGAACUUUACUGGUUUUUAGUCUGUAAAGAGGAAAAUAUGACUGGAGAGGCAGAGCAAAUACAAAGACAAGUACUCGAAAAAUAUGCAGAAAAUUUUCCUCCCGUAUACCUAGACGUGGUCCGGCAUGCCGAUCUUUCGAUACUAACAUGGGCACCGUUGAUAUUUAGGCCUCCAUGGAGAGUCAUAUUUGGAAAUCUUGACAAGGGAAAUGUCACAGUAGCUGGUGAUGCAAUGCACCCCAUGACUCCUGACCUAGGACAAGGUGGUUGCUCAUCACUAGAAGAUGCUGUGGUAUUGGGCAGACACAUCGGCAAUUCAGUUAUAAAAAGUGGAGGACUGAUUGUUCCAAGAGACAUGGCUAAAGCCAUAGAUGAUUAUGUGAAGGAAAGGAGGUGGCGUGCCACUUUGCUCAUCACAGGGUCGUAUUUAUCAGGGUGGAUGCAGCAAGGUGGAGGAAAAUGGUGGCUGAAAUUUUUUGGGGAUAGGAUAUUUUAUAAGUAUCUUUUUGGUUGGCUUGCUGAACUUGUACGUUAUGAUUGUGGAAAACUUCCUGCCAUUUCCUCUUGA